AUGGUAGAGCAACCCGCAAACGUGGAUGCCGCCGUGAAUACCCCAGUUGUGGUUGAUUCAAACGAUGAUGGAACAGUCGCCCAGGAACUGGAAUUAGAGCAUAUGAGGAGUACAUUGGAAGAGGCGAUUGUGGAAACGCGCAGUACGCCUCUCGAAAAUCGACCGCGACUUCCCCGCAUAGCCCUAAGCAAGCGGAAUCGGGCUGUCGUGAGGGCUCUGAACCCAAUGCUGGUGACCUAUUUGGAAGCCAGCCGGGAACUUUGCGAGACGGGCUCAAUUCUUUUUGGCGCCGCGCUGGCAGUCUGCCGUAUCAUAGGCGCCAAGGUUUCCACGGCUGCACGCGCUACUGGCCAUAGUAGCGCUAUCCCAGCAUGGAGAAGAAGAAUUGAGGAACGUAUCGCAAAGGCUAGAGCUCUCAUCGGCAGACUGAUAUGCUUCAGAUCAGGCAACAACAGGCCAAGAAUUGUGCGCACCGUCAGGAUGGCGUUUGCUGGGACAAAUGUCAGUUUGUCCCAGCCGGAUAUAACGCAAAAACUGACAGAGCGCAUAGAUGAUCUGAAGCAGAGAAUCGCUGCUUGGGGAAAACGGAUUCGGCGAUAUACCGAGAGGUCGACACGGUUCAACCAGAAUCGUCUCUUCCAGAGUGAUCAGAAGAGGCUCUAUGAAUCAUUGGAGCGACCAAUGGUAAGUGGAACGGGUCCAGCACCGAAUCAGGCAGACACUGUAGCAUUCUGGCGCGGCCUGUGGUCAGAGCCCGUAAACCACAGCAAGGGCCCUUGGACGGAAGUUGUGGCGAGUCAGUGUGCGGGUAUUACGCCCAUGGACCCCGUCAUCAUAACGCCGGAUGACGUAGCUGAGGCGGUCCGUAGGGCCCCGAACUGGAAAAGUCCGGGGCUUGACGGGCUGCAUCACUACUGGCUGAAGGGGUUCAUGGUGUGUCACUCUGUGCUUGCCCGACAGUUUCAAGAGGCUCUCAACCAGAAGUCGCUCCCAAGCCUCUUCACUACUGGGAUCACUCAUUUGGUUCCUAAAGACCAGGGUACCACAGGGUAG